UACAUUUUCAUGAUAGAUUUAUAUGAUUAAGUAGAAUAUCGCAUAUAUUUAUGGCAGAAAACGAUGAACCAUUGUUGGUGUUUGGUUAUGCCUCUAAAAUAUAUAGGGACGAUGAAAAAGCAUUAUAUAUUCAUAAAGGACAUCAGCUAAUACCUUGGAUGGGAGAUAAUAAUAUACUUAUUGACAGAUAUGAUUGCAGAGGUUAUCUUCCUGAAAUAAAUGUUUUUAAAAAUGAUUGGCAAUAUAAUGGGGAAGAAGCACACAUUGAAAAACUUUGUGAAGAAGAAAGAUAUUUAGCUCUUUUUAAAAAUAUAUCUCAAGAAGAGGAACAUCACACAGAAGAACUUAAACGAUUGCACCAGGAAAUUGCUUUAGAUGAAUCCAAAUAUAGUCAAAUAAAUUUUAAAUAUGAAGAUGGUAGCAAUAAGGUAGUUUCGAAUAAUAAUGAAGAAGAUGACGAAGAAAAAUAUAUUCCAUCAACAAAUUUACAAAUACCUCAUAAUAUGGAUAUGCCCUCUACAAUAAAAGAAAAUUAUAUAAUUGAAAUGACCGCUAGCUUUGUCAGCAAACAAGGUCCGCAGAUGGAAAUCGUUAUGAAAGCAAAACAAGCUAGAAAUCCUCAAUUUUCGUUCAUGAACUAUGAUCACAAAUUAUUUCCUUAUUAUAAACAUGUCAUUAAAAUGAUCAAGGAUAAUAAAUACACCCCUCAGAAAAUUAUACCACCCCCCAAAAAGGUCCUUCAUCCGAGUAAAAAAGUUGAUACAUCCGAUUCUGACAGCGACUCCGACACGGGAUAUCUUCACCCUAGUUUGUUUAAAUCAAACCUCUCCCAGACAAAUAGUCAAUCCGCUACUUUAACUACUUCUUCCACCAAAAGCGUUAUGCCAUCCCAAAUAGUCUCCGCUAAUGAUCAACUAGAAAUCGAAAAAUUUCAAAAGUCGCUUUUGGAUAAAAUUAUACUCUCGUCUAGAACCGGAGAUGACCCUUACUCUAAACUCGUGUCACAAAUCAAGCAACAAGACCAACUCUUUAAGUCUAAAGACGAAGAGGCUUCGAGAGAAGAGGAAGAUCUGUCAAAUGAUGAAGAUUUCGUAAUAUAUUUGAAUGCUAAAACCGAAACGUCAGAGCCCAAAAAAAAAAUCAAAAAGAAAGAUCGCGAUGCUAUUAGACUGAAUUUUUACGAGGCAUAUUCUCAAUUCCUGGAGAUUAGACCAUGCUUCAUUCAAGUUCACACUAAAAUGGUCAUCAAUAAACUCGUCGAAUACGUCGUGAGAAACGGAGCGGUGUUCGAAAGAGAAAUCGCCUCCAAAACUCAGGAUUUUCGAUUCGCUUUCCUUACUAACCCUUCCCACGUUCAUUUCCCUUAUUACGUUUUUGAGAUAAAGCGUCUCUUUGAAUCCAUUAAAUCCUCGUAUGUUGAACAGAAACAACUGCAAUCACAAUUCCAACCAAUUCCGACUACUGAUACAAUAAUCGAUAAUCCUUCUCAUCCAUCCGAGGGUUAUAAUGCCGACAAUCUUGAAACCACUCAAAUUGCAGAACAAAAUGUGAUUGAUGAAAACCAGGGUCUCCCUCAACCCAAUACUGAAGAUUCCCAUGAUCAUUCAGAAUCUAAGAUCGAUGAUGUUAACAAUAAAGUAAAUUUGGGUGAAAUAGAUGGACAGGAUGUUAAUAGUGAUCUGAAAGAGAUUUCUCACGAUACAGACGUUAACGAUGAUGAGCAAAUGAUUAAGAAUUCAGUCCAAAUCCCAGAAAACCUUAUUGACACUGUUAUUAUUAGUGAGAUAAAAAUCAAUGAUGAGGCCGAAAACCCUAGAGCUGAUGUAGCAGAUAAUAUUACUGAUAUUCCCGGAAUCAAGUUUGAAGAAAGUGACUUGAGGGACAAGGAAAGACUAUGUUGGCAUCUGCAUUUUAAACCAGUUUUAAUAGAAGUUCAAAGAAAAAAAGAAGAGGAAGAAAGGGAAGAAUUGAAAAAGGUUGAUAUUCUCAAUUCGUCAGAUCCUAUAUGCUUUAGUAUUCGAUCCAGAAAAGGCGAACAAUCUCUACCUUUCAAACAGCUGACCAUGCUUUUAUAUGAAUCCCCUUCAUCGGAAGAGGAUGAAUCUACACCAAAAACAGAAGAAAUUAAGGAGGAUGCCCACGAUUUGGAUGGGGAAACGUUGAAAUUAAAUGGAGUACCAACAAUUGAAGACUACAUAGAUAUCAAGGAUAUCAAGAAAUCUAACAAUGCAACCAUUUCUAUUAAAAACCCAGACUCCUCUAUCGACAUCGAGUUGAUAAUCGAAAAUGAUCCAGAACAUAUCCUUAACUCACUAUCCCACUCUCAUUACAAAACCUCUUCCCAACACCAUUCUAGCAAGUCCCGGAGGGCUCCUAUAAUGGCUCGACCCCAUAUAGACAGUUCCAAAAUGCACGCCUCUAUUGACGUAUCUACUAGUGUCAGGGCUGAGCGCAAGAAAAAAGCGGCUCUUUUCGUCAAAAUGCUCAAAAACAAGCAGAUGACCAUCCCCGCCGUUAAGAAACCACCUAACACAGAUGAUAAUUCAAAUAUUUCGCUCGAUCCUCUUAUCAAGGAAACCACGGAAGAAGCGCGAGAUUUGAUUGAAAUCAGAGCCCGACAAUCCAUGGACAUUUUUGAAGAAGUUCGGGAUGAAUCUCCCAAGGCAGAUGAGAGCUCCUCGUCCAAUAUUUAUAAUAAUAAUAGCAAUAGUACUAUAAUGGGUAACUGUGUUAAUUUGGUAUGCGAACAAAUCGAGAUUAAAAAAAUUGAAGAAGGCAUCGUAACACAAAAUUCAUUAAAAAAAAUUGAGAUGGAAGAGGGGGAAAUUAUAGUUUUAAGCGGUGACGAUGAGCCGACGACUGUUAAUCGUAGCAUACAUAAAAGGGUCAAAAAAUCGAAAUCGUCUAGCAAACGUAGGAAAAGAACGAAUGACUCUGGCCACGGUUCAAUUAAGAAAAGGAAGUUAAGGAAAUAAUAAUGUGAUUUAAUUUUAUAAUUGACACUUGAUAAAAAAUGAUAAUUACGAUGCAUAACUAUUUAUUUAAUGUAUUUUGUACUAUAUUUAUUUGUAAAUUAGCUUCUCUGUACAGAUUUAAAUAAUAAU